ACUUUGGUGCUAAUACGAGGACGAGGGCAUCUGGAGGGAUCCAAACAUCCCAAAAAGAGGCAUCUUUUUCGUGUUCCUUUUCUUUCUUCUUCAUCGCUUUCUUCUUCUUCUUCUCCUUCUCUCCCUUGUUGCUACGCGGUGAGGGAUUUUGCGCUUUGGCCGCAUUUGCGCGCAAAGAGAAGCGACCACGCGAUCGAUCAAUCCAUCUUUUUGCCUUUUUGUUCUUCCUCUUUUUUUUGUGCGUGUUCUUGAGGGGGCGAUUUGGACGUCGUGCUUACUGCUACUGGGCUGCUACUGCUGCUGCUGGGGUGCUGAUGGAACUGCUUUGUUAAAUCCAUCCCCGGUCUUGUUUGCUGGAGAAGCAACGCCAGCGGCGGCGCAAGUGGAUCGCCGCACAAGUAAUCAAUCAAUCGCUCGCAACAGGUGAAGAAGAACAAACUCACACACGGUAAAUUAUAAAAACCUCUGCUUUUCCCUCUCCUUUUUGGCUUUCUUCUUCAUCUGGGUCGCUAGAAAAAUGCCUCCUUGUUUGAUCCACAGCUCCACCUCGACCACAUCACUCCAAGCAAAAAGGGAUCUUGCGCGCUGGAUUUCUAGAUGCGGGCCGGGAAGAAGAAGAAGAUUGGACUGCUGCUAGUGGAGCAAAUCCUCCUGGCGUGGCUGGAUCCUUGGGCGAGAUGAUGACGAAGAACAGCGAGAUGGAACAGCCCAAGUGACAACGAUCGAUCAAAUCAAUCCCCAUCUCUCUUGGGUCUUCUCCCGGGAGCUCUAGAUAUGGCCGGCGUACCAGGGGAGAAGAGCGAUAGGUAGACCAAAGCGCUGUAGACGCAGGGAGGAGGUAUAGGCCCCUAGUAGCUCUGCCGGACAGAGGAAAGAUGCUUGGAAGUGCCCAUCGGGUGGGAGAGCUCGAUCACCACCAUCUCCAUCACUACUACCAGCAGCUCGGAGCUCUCAACAAUCACUACCUGCGCGGCGGCGGCCACCAGGAGCUCCACCUCCAUCGCAAGCUCGAAGAUCACCACCACCAGCACCACCACUUCAAUCUUCUCGGUGGAGCUCCAUUCUCCGCAGCGAGCGGGAGCCUGUAUGGUGGUGGCGCUGCCGUGGAGCCAACCUCCGUGCUGGAUCUGUGGAGCCCGAGCCCGAGCUCCAAAGGUGGCGGCUGCUGCUCUGGAGUAUCCUCCUCGGGGGGUCUCAACGAUCACGCCGCCGCCAGGCUCGCCGCCACCACCGCCGCCGCCGCUGGGCACCACGGAUCGCCCUCUUCCUUCGAUGAUAACCGGAGCAACACGAGCGAGAAGAGCGUGGAGGCGGCGCGGAGGUUCCUGGACCAGGAGGAGGAGGAGCAGCGGCGGAAGAACAGCAAGAGCGCCAAGAACACCGCUGUGAGUAGCAGGCUCGUGGUAGCGGCGGCGGCGGCGGGAUGGAAGAGCGGCGAAGAGGAGGAGGAAGCGGCGGCGAGGAGGUCGAGAGACAAGAGCUUGGACGAAUGGCUGGCGGAUCUCCAGCAGCAGAAGCUCCACAUCCCGGCGGCGGCGGAGGAGGAGCUGGAGCUCACGAGCAACAACAGGGGAGUGUUCUUCCAGUCGCCGCCAGCGUGCUCGUCGUCCAACACCGGGAGCCACAGGCCGGGAGAUAUCGAGGUGGAAAUCUUCCCUCCGCCACCACCGCCACCGAUCGAUCAAGUCCACGCCCAGCAGCAGUAUGGAAUGGAGGAGCUCGAGAGGAUGCUCCUCUCGCCUUCCUCCGGGGGAAUGGGAGGAGCCGCCGCUGCCGCGAAUCAGCACCACCAGCAGCUCGCGAAGUGGCUCCUGGGCGAUGCCGCGCAACAGGAUCAUCACUUCUUCCCAGCGAUCCCGGCAAAGGAGGAGGAGCCGCUGUUCUUCCCGCAAGCAUCGGCCCCCAAUCCAUCGCUCGCAUUUGCCGAGUCCCGGCAUUUGCCGCUGGCGAUCCAGCCGCAGCCAUCGCUCCUCUCCCCGCCGCGGCCGAAGAUCAUCCAGCAGCACCAAGACAUCGGCCUGGAGCAGCUCUUCCACCCCGUGGAUCCGCCCCAUUUCGCAGCAAAUCCCGGGCCGGGGCACGAGCUCCGAUCGAUCGAUCGGUCGCCUAGCAGGAAUUUCCAGGCGCAGCAGCAGCAGGGGCGGGAAUCCCCGGGAUGGGAGCUAGAUCGCAAGAGGAAGGAGCACUACCCCGAAAUUCCCGAUCUUUCUUCCAAGAACCGGGCUCCCUACACAGCAGCAGCGGCAAGAAUUCCAAGAACACCACCGGGAUCUCCCGCCAAACCCUAA